AGCAAGCUGGUGGUUAAAACACAGCAAUAAGGCUGAGCACACUGACAACUUUUUGUAUUGGAGCUCAGAGCCACAGAGACAGAAGGACAAGCCAAAGCAUUUUAAAUGGCAAAUAUUGUCACAUCAGCUUGCUGUGUGGUGUUAGCUGCAGUGGUUGUAGUCUAUGCUCAGAGGCGCAGCCAGCAGGGAGGCAGGAUCCAGUAUGAGAUGAUCGGCAGUGAUGUGACCAUGAUGUGUGCUACGCUGGAGAGCGACGCCUCAGUCACAUGGAAGGUGAACGGCACAGAUGUGAAGGCUGACAAAGUAGAGGGUCCCAGACUUAUCCUGAAAGAGGUAUCCUUGGCUAGUAAUGCUCUCUACAGCUGCUUUGAGAAUCCUGCUGGAGACCUCAAGGAUCAAAUAACACUCCGAGUUGGAGAGCCUCCAAAGGAACCUGUUGUGACAUGUCGAUCAAACACAUACCCAAAGGGUUUCUACUGCACCUGGCAUCUGCCUCGCCCAUCGUACAUCCCCACCGAGUUUGAAGUCUCGGUAAAACAUGGAAACAAGAAACUUGAAGUCCAGAAAGAUACAGUCCAUAAGAACCGGUGCCACGUGAAAUACCCUGAGCUAUUCUCCACCAACAAGUACAAAGUGAAUGUCAUAGCGAUCAAUGCACUGGGGAACUCCUCUACAUACAUAUCAUUUGAUGAGUUCUCCAUAGUGAAACCAGACCCUCCAGAAAAGCUUGUAGCCAACCCAGUUCCUAACAAUGUUCGGAGACUGGAAGUUACAUGGAACAAUCCCUCAACAUGGCCGGACGUUGAAAAUUUCCCCCUCAAGUACUUCCUGAGGUACAGGCCUCUAAUUCUCGACCAGUGGCAGCAUGUGGAGCUGUCAGACAGCACCUCACACACCAUCACUGAUGCAUAUGCAGGGAAGGAGUACAUUAUUCAGGUCGCCGCCAAAGACACUGAGAUAGGGACCUGGAGUGACUGGAGUGUCGCCAUCCAUGCGACUCCCUGGAUGGAGGUGCCAAGGCAACAGAUAACAACUACUACAGAAGCCGGAAUCGCUGGAGAAACAUCCUAUGACGGUGUGCUCUUUCAACCUGAGAGAUGGCAUCAGGUUUCUUCCUUAAAUACUGAGCUUCCUCACUGGAAGGAUAUUUUGAAGACACACAGAAAGGGCAGAGAAACCAGUCCAUCCCCAGCUCCACCAUCAGCGAAGCCUCAGCUGAGCGCCGCGAUGGGAAGCAGCUCUGUAUUGACUUGGUCAGCGAACCUCUUCAUAACUUCUGUCCUUGUCUUGUUUAUCUGAUUUCUGUGUUGCAUUCCUGUGAAAUAAAUUGAGAAAGUCUUCUAUUUCUAUUUUGCACAUGUUUAAAUGGAUAUCGUGCAUUAAUACUUUAUUCAGUUUCUUCAAAAUGGACUCCAAAAA